ACAACAGUGUUUACUGUUUUCACCCCCCGCUUCUUGUCUUCUGACGUACUACACAAGGGACCGCCCCUCCCCUGUCUCUCAGUCACGCAGCAGCUACGUGUGAGUGUAAAAAAUAGAAACUUCCAAGAUGGCCGAGUCCGUAGGUUCCAUGCAUUUCUCAGCUAAUGGCAAAACAAAUCCCCCAAACCCCUUGGUACCCAAAAUACCGCCAGAGAGUCGACUACAGUCUUCCAAUGAUGUAUACCCUCCACCGCCAAAGAAAGUCCGAAUCGAGGAGAAGAGUUUGAAACACAAUAAAUUGAACGGGGACUUAGUGUGUGCAGGGGAAAAACACAACGGGAAGCAGAGUUAUGGAAGCCCAGCGAAAUGGAGUUUCGGCCCGGCCAAGCCGAGCAACUCCACCGCGCCAGCUCUCACACGAAAGAUCUUCAAGAUCAGCAACUUUCUCGCCUCUCCUGCGAAAGUGAAGAAACCGAAUGAGAAACGCCACAAGGAAAAGGAGAAGAGCGCUAAAACGCAGAGUUCACUCAUGGAGAAAGUGAACCCUGGGAGUUGCCAUACAAAGACGGAGAACGGUGAUACAGCGUGUGACCACAUUGGCAAAGAUGAGAGAGAGAAGAAAAAGGAGAGUGAUAAAGAGAGGGACAGGGAGAAGAAGAACCACCAAGUUAUGGUUUCGAAUGAGAGGGAGAAUGGAGAGGUGAAAUCUCCCCUGAACGAAUCAACAGAGAAGCCUAAAGUAAACUCUGAGGACGAGCUCCUCUUGAAAAAGCUAAAGAAAAAGAAAAAAAAGAAGCACAAAGACUGCGAGAGGGAAAGACGCAGCCGUCCCAAGAUGUACCACCGCUCCAGUCAGACGGUGUGUUCUGGUAUGUCUGUGGACCUGCCGGACCUGCUCAACACACCAGACAGGAGUAACUACAACACCAAUAACAGUUUCUUCCACACCUUCCCAAGUCCCCAUCAGGAUCCUUCCAGCACCACCACUACUACCUCCGUGUCCACCUCCACUACCUCCAUGGUCAGGGAGAGGUUGGGCUACGGCUCCCCCCUCCACAGUGCCCAGUCCCAGGGCAUGUCAGGGCUGGAGUUUGGCCGUCUGAUCCACGUGGAGCAGCAGGCCAACGGAGGAGCCUCAGUGGCCCACGCCUACUGCCAGCAGCUGGCUUGUCUCUCCCCGGCCGAGAUGCAGCGCUUCGCCCAGGAAUUUGUCACCCUGUCAUUCAGCGAGGACCAAGCUGAAGCGGCCCACUACGUCAUGGGCAUCAUCCAUGGAGCAGCCUCCUACCUACCAGACUUUCUGGACUACUUCUCCUACAAGUUCCCCAACGCGCCGGUCAAGAUGGAGGUGCUGGGGAAGAAGGAUAUAGAGACAACCACCAUGGCCAACUUCCACACUCAGGUGAAGCGUACCUACUCCCAGGGGACAUACCGUGCUGGGGCCAUGCGGCAGGUCAGCUUGGUGGGGGCCGUAGACGAGGAGGUGGGAGACUACUUCCCCGAGUUCAUCAACAUGCUGGAGGAAUCUCCCUUCCUAGAGCGUACCCUGCCCUGGGGCACGUUCUCCAGCCUGCGCCUGCGGAGCCCCACGGAGAGUGACGACGGACCCAUCAUGUGGGUCAGACCAGGGGAACAGAUGAUCCCUGUGGCUGACAUUCCAAAGUCCCCCUUCAAGAGAAAGAGGUCGACCAAUGAGAUCAAGAACCUGCAGUACCUGCCACGGGCAAGCGAGCCCAGGGAGAUGCUAUUUGAGGACCGGACCAGAGCCCACGCCGACCACAUCGGACAGGGCUUCGAGAGACAGACCACCGCUGCCGUGGGGGUGCUCAAGGCCGUGCGCUGCGGAGAGGGUGAUGCUCCUGCCAGGGUAACCAAAGACGUGGUGUGUUUCCACGCUGGAGAUUUCCCAGAGGUGGUCCAGAGGCUCCAGCUAGACCUGUACGAACCACCCCUCUCACAGUGUGUGCAGUGGAUAGAUGAUGCCAAGCUGAACCAGCUAAGGAGAGAGGGCAUCCGCUACGCCCGUAUCCAACUCUACCACGACGACAUCUACUUCAUCCCCAGGGGAGUGGUGCACCAGUUCAAGACUGUGUCUGCUGUCUGCAGCCUGGCCUGGCACAUCCGCCUCAGACAAUACCACCUGGACCAAGAGAGGGAGGAGGAGAGCUGUACUUCUACAAGGGCAACAAGUCAAGUCAUAGAGGAGGAGGAAGAAACAGAGGAGAGUGAGGAGGAGUGGGGGAAAGAGGACACUCUUACACAGCCACGGACGCAGGUGAAGACUGAGGAAAAGGAAGAGGGAGGAGAACGGACACCUGUACUGGAGCCGCCACUAGUUUGCAAGGAGGAAGACUACACCGAGGAAGAGAAGGGAGGGGAGAGAGGAGGCUGUACACCUACACUGACAUCACCUUUGGUCAAGGAGGAGAGAAUGGAAGGAAACCCACUCACAGAGACACUACUGGAAGUCAAGGAGAGAAAGGAGGUUGACGAGCAUCACAAGAUAGAAGAGAUGGAGAGAAAAGGAGCAAGAGAUGUCAGCACAUCCACACAGAUGGCACCACAAGUGCAGAUGGAGGGAGAGAGAGAUGGAGAAGAUAUGGAACACUCGAAGGCAUCACAGCAUGCUAGGAUAAAGAGAGAGGAGGAAGAAAGACACCACAGGACACCUCCACAAGUCCAGAAAGAAAGAGAGAGGGGAAAGAAUGGUAGCACAGCCACACAAACACCACCAGUCAAGAAAGGGAAGGGGAAAGAUUUGGAGAAAGAUGGAAAAGAGAGGGAGAAAGAGGAGAGGGUGAAAGAUAAGGAGAAAGUGGAGAGGAUGAAAGAGAAGGAGAAAGUAGAGAGGGUGAAGGAUAAAGAG